AUGUUCGUCCCUCGCAUCACCGACGAGAUGCGGGACUACAUGUUUGCCAAUUGGCCCGAGGAGAAGCUUCAGUCCAUGGCUGAUGACGCUUAUUUGACCGUACCUGAGCUGAAGGAGAACCUGCUGGAGUGGGCUGCCCUUAACGACAUAGACACCCUCGACAGCUUCCUCGUGGGCUACGGCAAGAACAGAAACAACGUUGACGGCGUCUCUCAGUUGGACGGUACCCCGAUGGAGUGCGACGCCUUCACUGUUGAGCCUCAGACCCCUACCAUGACUUCUCCGAUUUCACAGAGCAGCGGCAGCUGUGGAUCUGUCUUCGACUCUAGAGCGUCCAUUUUCACUACGCCGUCAUCUCCAUUCACCCCUGCGAAAGUGAAGAUCGACGACAAUGGUUCGCCAUUGAAGCGGCGCAAUACAAAGUAUGCCCAGCUGUACCAGACAGACGGUGCCAGAAACGACUUUGUCCAAACUCUCGACUGCUACACAUCGGCAAUUGAUGCAAACGGCCAGCCCAUCGCUCGCAUAUUCGACCCAGAGAAGAGCAUCAAGCACCGAUCUGUCCCAAUGGAUGUUCGAGUGGCGUACAACCCCGACAAGAACGUUUUGAACCUCCAAGGUGUCGAACCCUCUACCGGAAAUCUGCAAGCUGAUCCUCACACGCUUGUCCUUUCCAUAGAAGGUGUCGUCUACGAGGAUGACGACGGACAAGCAGGAGCUGCCGUGUUCUUCCACCCUGUGUCGCCCUGGAACACCGUGACCUGCGUCAAGAAGACCAAAGACAACGCGAAGCUCGAGGCUCUCUACAUUGCCCUCAACAUGAUUAGCUUCACUGCAGCCAACGACCCAAGCCUGAAGGCAGUUUACAUCACGUGUACCGGCAGGGAGUUCUGUCUCGCAAACACGACGGGCGACUACGGCCUGGCCGAUCGCCAAGCCGUUGGCGAGUGGCUCCAGGGAGCCGACAAGACUACACUGGCGGAGAUCAACGAGCUUUGGACGGACAUCACGAAGGGCACCAACGGUCACCGUGCUGUAGACGUGCGCCUCUGGUGUGUUUCGGAGGAGGUGAUACGCCCAGUCACAGAGGUAGCAACAGCCUACCUGUACAAGCAGCAUGGCCGCGAUUGGUACGCGGAGAACGGGAAGGCACGCGAACACUUCGUGGUGGACAGCCCCAACACCCCAGCCUACCAGCGGGACUACUCGAUCGUUGCCCCACAGUACAUUGUCGACCAGGGAUCACAGGCAGCCACGAAGUGGACGGCCGAGGCGAAUGCGAGGUUCAAGCAGUCUGUCCUGCACAAGCUGGUGGCGUCCAACGGCUGCCGUCAACUUAACGACCAGCUACGAGAUAGCAAGGAGCUGAUAAGCACUGAGCGAUUCCUCGACACUUACGCCUAUGCGACGAAGUACAUGGCGGAGGACCCACAGAAGCACAUCGACCAGUUUGUGGCAGAGCAGCGGGCCAUUCGGCAGAGCAGUCAGUUCCGGGACCGACAGAUGACCAACGGCGGUACUGGUCACGGCGAGGGUGAUGAGACCGGAGGUGAGGAUCAGAAGCUGGUCCGGCAGGUUCUCGACAUGGACUGGGAGUAG